GUCUUCAAACCGAAAGCACCAAAACAAAUCACAAUGUUCAAAUCCGCUGUUGUCAUCUUCGCCAUCGUUGCCUGUGUUGCCGCCAAGCCAGGACUUCUGGGAGCUCCUCUGGCCUACUCUUCUCCCCUGGCAUAUACCGCUCCUUUGGCCUACUCUGCACCUGUGGUGGCUGCUCCUUCUCCAGUUGUGACCGCCACCAGUAGCCAGGUGAUCGCCAGGAACUACAAUGGAAUCGCGGCUGCUCCAGUGAUUGCUCCCGUGGCUGCUCCCGUGGUUGCCAAGUACGCAGCUGCACCUCUGACGGCUCCUUUGGCCUACUCCUCCCCUCUGGCGUACACCUCCCCCUUGGCCUACUCCGCCCCUUUGAGCUACGCCGCUGCUCCCGCACCACUGCUCAUCUAAAUUUAAAAACUGUGA